AUGCGCUGCGCCCGCCGGCCCGCAGCCACAAGCGCUGCCCGCGCGUGCGCGGUCGCCCCCGGCGCCGGCUCAGCUCGCUCCCCGCCCUCAGCCCGAGCCAUGGACGCGGAGGCGGAUGCGGGCUCUGUGGUUUCGGGGCUGUCGGGAGGGGAUGGUGCCGGCGCGGGCCCCGCCGAUGAGGACCAGGAGAUGGAGGGAGCCCCCGGCUGCUCGGGGUCGCGCUCUCUGCCCUUCGAGUUCGAGCGGAGCCGCUCGGAAUCCAGCGGCGAUGAGGACGAUGAAGAUGACGAGGAGGAGGAGAUGGAGGAAGAAGAGCUCGAGGGGGACUCCGGGGUUCGCUUUGGUACAGACGACGGCGAGCUCGACUCGGACGACGACCGGGAGCGUAUGAUAAACCUGGCAGAGUUGACCCCUUACAUCCUGUGUUCCAUCUGCAAAGGUUACUUUAUUGAUGCUACAACUAUUACAGAGUGUCUGCACACCUUUUGUAAAAGCUGCAUAGUGAGACACUUCUACUAUAGCAACAGAUGUCCAAAAUGCAAUAUAGUUGUGCAUCAGACACAGCCCCUCUAUAACAUCAGACUGGACAGGCAACUACAAGACAUAGUCUAUAAAUUAGUUGUCAAUUUGGAGGAAAGAGAAAAAAAACAAAUGCAUGACUUCUAUAAAGAAAGAGGAUUAGAAGUGCCCAAACCAGCUGUCCCACAGCCAGUUCCAGCAAGCAGAGGAAGACCUCGAAAAGUUCUGGGCUCCGUGUUCCGGAUCCCACCAGAACUUGACAUCUCAAUACUGCUCGAAUUCAUUGGCCUUUGGAAAAGAAGUUUGUGCGUGUUUCAGGGGAGGCAACGAUUGGACAUGUGGAGAAAUUCCUCAGAAGGAAGAUGGAUCUGGAUCCUGCUUGUCAGUGGGCUCACCCAAGUGAAAGUGAAGCAAACUAUCUUCUCCAUUCCAGAAGUAGACAUAAUAUGUGGUGAUCACCUGCUAGAGCACUACCAGACACUGAGGGAGAUCCGGCAAGUCAUAGGAGAGAGUGCUGUACAGGAUGGCUUGCUUGUGCUGCACUAUGGCCUGGUGGUAUCUCCGCUCACCAUUCCUUAGAUUGCUACACUAUCAGGACGUGAAAGAAUCCAAAGUCAUGAAGCUCCUUCACUGCUGUUUCUCACCAAAGAACGCCAUCAUGUUUUCUGUGACAGGAAGCAAGUAGAAGAAACUACCACUGACUGCUGUAUGCUUGUAACUUACAUCUGACUUUAGCACUGUUUUUUGUUUGUUUGUUUUUUAAGUGUUCAGUACAUACAGCUAUCAAUUUUCACUUAGCUCAGGGACUUUAAAUGCUCAGAGUUGCUGCAUUUCUUUAAAUAAUUCUUAAACCCACAAGAUCUCACAGGGUAAACAGGCUUUUUCCUUAAGCUAUGGGAUUUUGCUUACUUCCUAAGUGUCUAGCUAGAACAGUAUUCUCAGGGAUGAUCUUCAGUGGGCAGUACACUGUAUUCUGGGGUGGAAACAGUCACAGGGUGCAGAAAAGCUUGUAGUGAUCAUCUGACUUCAGAUGUGAUUCAGGAGAGGAAGGCGACUCUUCAAAUGGAGACCAAAAUAGGUAGGAAAUGAUGUCUCACAAACUUUAUUCAGUUGUUUUUCUUGAAGAAAAACAAUUUUGAUUGCACUUGAAAAAAAUUUGCUGGUAGUUUGACUUACAUCAAGUUGUGGGUCACGCAUCUCUAGUCUGAAUGGAGGUGAGCUGGCUGUAAGCUGGUUAAACUAUGCAUGGAGGGGGGAAAAAAAGCAUCACCUCGUUCUACCUGCUUGCUGUAUUUUAAAAUAGCCUAAUUCUGCUGUCAUGUAAAAUCUGUCAGAUGACUUGACUAGCAGAGCACAGUUUCCUUCAUUCCAGCACACAGCUUUCUAGCAGUAGUGAAAAAUGGUAGCUUUUUCCACUCUUCCCAGUAUGUGUUAGUGAAUUGUAGUGGAGAGUGGGUCUGAAGGGUUAAAUAGCAUAGUGUGUGCCUCUUCAUACCGCCUUUAUGGAGGGUAGUAGGUAACAUUUUUGUUCAUUUGUUUCAACGUAUUAAAUUACUAGGUUUUGGGACAGCUGUAGUAUUCCAGUUCUGUCCUGUUGAAGUUUUUCAUGGUCUCUUGUGCAGCAUUAAGGAACAGAGCUUUCUGUGCAAUGCUCUUGCUGCACGUUCUGUCUUAUGUGUGGGGAUUCAUGAAAGCCACUGCUAAGAACCAGGGUGCCUCUAUAGUCAGCGUAGUGAAGGGAAGAAGAUUCCUUAGUGAGGCAUUUUAGAGCACUUAAGUUAGCUCAAAUGUGUUUGCUUACUGUCCUAUUUGCUGCAGUGCUGUCAGCAUACUAAUACUGGCAUUUCUUGUCUAAAGAAAGCUUUCAUGAAUCCUUCUUCAGCUCUUUACAGAAAGUGUUAAGUUUUGCCUGUGAAGGCAACACCACAAAAAAAAAAAGUCUUAUUUGAAGUAGUUCUUGUGAUGCUUCUAAAAAAAAAAGAACAAAGACAUGUCUAACUAUAAUUGCCUAUUUUCCCUUCGAAGUUUGUACAAAAGUAGUGUUUAAAAUACAUUAGAAAAUUGAUUGAAUUAUUUUGUAAAGACUUUGUGAGUUGUGUUGAUAAGAGACUAUAUAUUGU